AUGGGGUACCCUCGAGCUUCUCUAAACACGGCAUUGAGCGAUUCAGCUAUGUUACUUGUAAGCACUUUGGAGCAAUUGGGACGUGAGGAGCAAGGAAAGACUUGGUGCAUCGAUUCAGCUCAACCGCACACGCUUAGGAUGAAGAAGGAAGUCGUCUUGAAGUCAGCUCGACCCAUCUACUCGACCAACAGGUCGAGUUCCUCAACUCGACCGGUGAUGUCAUUUGGAGCUAAUUGGAACAUUGCCUAUCACUGGAGACUAGUUGAGGAAGGAAAGACUCUGUCUGCCCCAUGUACGGACCCGCACUCGGUCGAGCUACUUUCGUCUGGAGGUGGUUUCAUGUCAUUCGGACCAGCGGUUCAGAAGAUACGACGAUUUUGGUUGGACUCGACCCACCAGCUCGACCGGCCAGUUUCCAACUCGAUCGAGCUGCUUUUCCAGGAGUCAAAGUCAAACCCGAAAAAUGUUGCUUCCCUUUGA